GUGAGUCACAUGACCCUGAAUUAAAGCGGAAAUGACAGUUAGCGCUUCACAGUCUCACGGCAGAUAAAAGGGCUGUGAUGUGAUGAUGGCAGCAGCCAGUGUGUCUCAGUCCGCCACAGAGAAAUCACAGCUGACUUUGAAAGUGUUGUCUGCUAAGCCUCAGUCUCCUAAACUGCCCAAUCGUCACUCUCGGUUGAGUUCGUUUGUGGAAGUGACCGCUGACGGCCUGACCAGUGAAACGAAGAAAACAGGCAAACGCACCGGACACCUAGAGCUGCAGUGGAAUGAAGACCUCACCCUGAACGUGACUCCUCAGAGUCGUUUGGAUCUGAAGUUGUGGAGUUGUCACACUUUGAGGAAGGAACUUCUGGGCAGUGCCAGCAUUGACUUACUGGACACUCUACGAACACAUGAUGGCAAGAUGGAGAAUGUUCAGCUCAGUCUGGUUCUACAGACCGAGAACAAAGGCUCGGUUGUAGCAGGAGGUGAGCUCAACGUCUGUCUGGAUGGCCUGGUUGUUGAUCUAGGAUCUCUGCCCAGUGGCAACGCUGCCCCAGACAAGAUGGUUCACUCGAGCAGGUCUAAUCAUAGUGAGGAGAGCCCGAGUACCAGCAGCCCCCGUGGACGAAGUUUAGCUCAUUCUGUGGGUUCUUGUGGAGAUUCUCCAGCGGACAUCAGAGGAGCUAAAAUAUCGUCCUACUUAGGCCCUAGUAAACACUCUUUGAGUGGUCUGCUUUGGUGUGAUGUUGUUCAAUUUUUCAUUGGUCUUUGCUCAGGUAAAGGUGAGACGGCUGCUAAUGGCUCCCCCUCACUGAGCUCAACCCCCUCGGCUGAGAUGGACAGUUCUGCCCCGCCAGCAGCCACAGAGACCCCAUCCUCCACCGACCAGAGCAGUACAGCCACAGAGACACACACCACUGAUGCAAUGCCUGCUGGUUGGGAACAGCGAAUUCUCCCUCAUGGACGAGUCUACUAUGUGGAUCACAACACAAAGACCACCACAUGGGAGAGACCCCUCCCACCAGGCUGGGAGAAGCGUGUGGAUCAGCGCGACAGGUUCUACUAUGUGGAUCACAACACCAGAACCACCACGUGGCAGCGGCCAACAGCCGAGUCUGUGCGCAACUAUGAGCAGUGGCAGUCUCAGCGCAGCCAGCUGCAGGGAGCCAUGCAGCAGUUCAACCAGAGAUACCUCUACCAGUCGUCCGGAGGUGUGGUGGAGAAUGACCCGCUCGGGGCUCUUCCUCCAGGCUGGGAGAAACGUCAGGACAACGGAAGAGUGUACUAUGUCAAUCACAACACGCGAACGACGCAGUGGGAGGACCCUCGAACCCAAGGGAUGAUCCAGGAGCCGCCCCUGCCGCCGGGCUGGGAGAUGAAGUACACGGCAGAGGGGGUGCGAUACUUUGUGGACCACAAUUCUCGCACCACCACCUUUAAAGACCCCCGGCCAGGCUUUGAGUCAGGCUCAAGACAGGGUGGCUCUCCGGGUGCGUACGACCGCAGCUUCAGGUGGAAAUAUCACCAGUUCCGCUUCUUGUGUCAUUCCAACGCACUGCCCAGUCACGUGAAGAUCUCCGUAUCCCGACAGACUCUCUUCGAGGACUCAUUUCAGCAGAUCAUGAACAUGAAGCCGUAUGACCUCCGCCGGAGGCUCUACAUCAUCAUGAGAGGAGAGGAGGGACUGGAUUACGGAGGAAUAGCCAGGGAGUGGUUUUUCCUGCUGUCUCAUGAGGUGUUGAACCCCAUGUACUGUCUGUUUGAGUAUGCCGGGAAAAACAACUACUGUCUGCAGAUUAACCCUGCUUCUUCCAUCAACCCCGACCACCUCACCUACUUCCGCUUCAUUGGCCGCUUCAUUGCCAUGGCAUUGUAUCAUGGGAAGUUCAUUGACACGGGCUUCACUCUGCCCUUCUACAAGCGCAUGCUUAACAAGAAACCCACCCUGAAAGACCUGGAGUCCAUCGACCCUGAGUUUUACAACUCCAUCAUGUGGGUCAAGGAGAAUGAUUUGGAAGAGUGCGGCGUGGAGCUGUACUUCGCUCAGGACAUGGAGAUUUUGGGCAAGGUGACGACACACCAGCUGAAGAACGAUGGAGAAAAUGAACUCGUCACGCAGGACAACAAGGAGGAGUACAUUAGUCUGCUCACUGAUUGGCGCUUCACACGCGGGGUGGAGGAGCAAACGAAAGCCUUCCUGGAUGGGUUCAAUGAAGUUGUGCCUCUGGAGUGGUUGCGUUAUUUUGAUGAGAAAGAGCUGGAGCUCAUGUUGUGUGGGAUGCAGGAAAUCGAUCUGAACGACUGGCAGAAGAACACCAUCUAUCGGCAUUAUACCAAAAACACAUCUUGUUGUUUAGGAAGUAACGGGCCACAAAAGUUCUGCAUAGACAAAGUGGGGAAGGAAACCUGGCUGCCUAGAAGUCACACCUGCUUUAAUCGACUGGAUCUGCCACCCUAUAAGAACCAGGAGCAGCUCCGAGAAAAACUUCUGUUCGCUAUCGAAGAAACUGAGGGAUUCGGACAAGAGUGACGAGACUGAUUAUAUCUCGGCAUGGAAGGGACAUUAAUUUCUUCUGAAUAGGCCAUUCAUGUGGACUGAAUGAACAGACUGUUGAUUAGACUAGCAGCAGAUUUACAAUUCAAACACUAGUUCACCUAAAAGUGGAAACUCACCUCAUUUAUUCAAAACCGAUGCGCUGUUAUUUUUCUGUGCAACACAAAGGACGAGUUUCGAAAAGAGCUGCAUAAAGAUUCUUCAGACUUCAACGUUUGUCCUCCACUGAAUAAAUAAUAGCAUGCUGGUAUGUAAUGACAUGAGGAUGAGCGAACAACAGCUUCAUUUUUGGGUUAACUAUACUUUUAAACACUGAUGGACCAGCAGCAGAUAGAUGAUUUGUUUGAAUGUAAUAUUUGAGUUGGUAAAUUCAGGGGAUGAUGAUUUCACCUUACAUUUCUAUGCAGUGAAAGCAAUGCAAAUUAUGACACAGUUCACAGCAUAACCAGAUUUGUAAAUCAAGUCAAAAUUAAUUCCCUAAAUCAAAAUGUAAUCAAUCCUGAUUUUCCAGUGUGAGGUGAAAUUCUCAAACUCCCUGCUUAUAAUGCAGCAUCCAAUACAGAAACAUUACUAUACUAAUAAAAUAAAUGGCAGCGAAUCUUCAGUUGCAGAUGUCAUGGGCCGCAGAGCUGUUAUAUCAGUGUGUGUAUAUGGACUAGAAGACCACUGAGAGGAUAGAGAAAAUAAUUGUUUUAAAGAGAAUGAGCAGACGUGAUUUCAUUAUUUUGUGACAUGCCAUGCUACACUGUAUAUAGUUGAAAUAAAAUCCAGUCAUGGACUGUAAACGCAUAGU